GGCAGCAAAUUUGGGAGAUGGAAGCUACGGUGGAUAAAGACAAGAGCCAGCCUAACAUGCUUUUUGUUGAGAUCCCUGAGUAUCGAAACAAGCACAUCCGUGCAUCGGUGAAGGUGAACUUCUACGUCAUCAAUGGGAAAAGAAAACGAAGUCAGCCUCAGCACUUUACCUACCACCCAGUCCCAGCCAUCAAGACGGAGCCCACCGAUGAAUAUGACCCCACCUUGAUCUGCAGCCCCGCCCACGGGGGCCUGGGCAGCCAGCCUUACUACCCGCCACACCCGAUGGUGGCUGAGUCGCCCUCCUGCCUCGUGGCCACCAUGGCACCCUGCCAGCAGUUCCGCUCGGGGCUCUCGUCCCCCGACGCCCGCUACCAGCAGCAGAACCCGGCGGCUGUCCUCUAUCAGCGGAGCAAGAGCCUGAGCCCCAGCCUGCUGGGCUACCAGCAGCCGGCCCUCAUGGCCGCCCCCCUGGCCCUGGCGGACGCCCACCGCUCCGUGCUGGUGCACGCCGGCUCCCAGGGCCAGAGCUCCACCCUGCUCCACUCCUCCCCGGCCAACCAGCAGGCCUCGCCGGUGAUCCACUACUCGCCCACCAACCAGCCGCUGCGCUGCGGCAGCCACCAAGAAUUCCAGCACAUCAUGUACUGCGAGAACUUCGCGCCCGGCCCCGCCAGGCCCGGCCCGCCCCCCGUCAGUCAAGGCCAGAGGCUGAGCCCGGGGUCCUACCCCACGGUCAUUCAGCAGCAGAAUGCCACCAGCCAAAGAGCCGCCAAAAAUGGACCCCCAGUCAGUGACCAAAAGGAAGUAUUACCCGCAGGAGUGACAAUUAAACAGGAGCAGAACUUGGACCAGACCUACUUGGAUGAUGUUAAUGAAAUUAUCAGGAAGGAGUUUUCAGGACCUCCCGCCAGAAAUCAGACGUAGAAGAUGCCAUUAGCAAGACACCUUCCGUAUCUGACCCCUUGGAGCCUUCCACUGCCCUCACCUUCUGUUUCCUUUACUGUACAUCUCCUGGCCCGGAGGCCACGCGCGGGACAAGGUCCUGGCAGAAAGCUGACUCUCGAUUAAGGAGCUCGCCACCUCUCUGUGUAAACACCAGAGAGAACACUCUGCCUUUUGAUUUUUGUUUUAAAUCCCAGAGAGCAUCUCGGUUGACUUUCCUGGUGUCCCAUCCAAAAACCUUAAGUGCCUGCUGACCAAACACACAAGACAGCACGCUGGAUCGGCCCUGAGAACGGAGUGACCAGAGCUUGGGGCGUGGGCUGGGCUGGGGGAUGGAAGAUGUGGGCCCCUGUGAUUAAACCCCAGCCCUGCGUUCAUUUUUCCAGGUCACAGAUACAGCUCCUGUACCUUUUGAAGGAAAGGAGUUUUCAAACAGAGCCACCCAAGGAACGUGACCCGAGCGAGCCUGGCUUCCGGGCUGAAGAAAAAAAAACCCAGAAGCCGGACCGUCCUCCUUAGGGACCGCCUAGUCCCGGCCACGGUCAGGCCCCAGCUCCCGCCUUAUUGGUCAGUUUUCUCAUUCUGAAGCAAGACUGUCUGGCCCACACAAGAUGACCCGUUAAAACUCAGCGUUAAGUUAUGACAUGUGUCCACAUUUGUUAUUUUUGUCUCCGCUUCAAAAAGCCGGCCCAAGGCAGCUGGAGAGGGGGAAGCUCUCUGGGCCCGCUGCUCUUCACCCCUGCAGGGAGCGGCGGGACUGGGGCAGGGACCCCAGGCUGCGGCGUGAGCACCCGGCCGCUGCAGGCCUGCAACCCAAUGGCUUUCGGCUAGUCUCGCUUGCUUGCUUCCUCGCGGCCGGCGCACUUUCCCAUAAACUGGUGAAGAAGAAUCUCAAGCAAGCAUGUGCAUUGAAUUUUGAGAAGGAAUCCUGGAAGAGCUACAGCAACCAAAGGAAAAAAAGAAACCACGUAAACAGCGCAGGUGUCUUUGUGAAGUGGGAAACGAGGCAAUCGAUGGGCAGGCCUAAGUGUUUCUCUAAGUGGGUUCCCCCACGACAAGGGUUAAACUCCCUCUCUGGCCUAGACUCCGAGUGGGACAACAAGCUCAGGCUUUGGCCCUAAAGUUGAUUUUUGUUUGUUUGUUUGUUUUUAACCUGAACCCAUUUUAAGCGCCCCUCCGUCCCAAAAGACGUGUCUGCAUUAGCUGCUUCAUCCGCCUCGAAGAGAAUCUACCCACGCGCCUGCCUCCGUUGGAAGGAGCUCUGCCCAGACCGGUCGUAUGGUGGUUUUCUGCCCAGGUGUGUCUGCUGUGCACACCGAGUCCUCAAGAGUCUUCCUCCUCUGGUGCAGUUUCUGCAAACACCUAAAACUCUCAAAGGUCUCGGCUGGGGAGUUUUUCGUCACACAGAUGUGUUCCUGUUGGCCUUUAUUGUGGACACCCUGGGACAAGCCAGAGAUUCAUUUUCAGCCAUUUAGUUUCUUCCCCCAGUAAUCCACACAGGAUGUAAAUAUUCCUGGCCCUCUUCGAAAGGCUCUUCUUAGGGAUUUCUCAGUCAACUCUGCUAGGUAGAAGCCGAGGAAGAGAAUCAUGGCCGUUAAGGGCUCGCUGUGGGUUUUCUGAGUCCUGGCUUCCUUGACAAGGUGACCCAGAGGUUAAAUCUUCCCCACAGCUUGGCCAGGAGCCCGAGGCUUGGCGGCUAUGGCCCGGAGGGUCUGGUGCUCCAGAGAGUGGGAGAGAAAGCCCAGGGUGUGACCUUUCAGUGGAGACCUAGCAUUUAGCUUCCCCAACAACUGGGGGCCUCUCUUCAAGCCCAAAGUUUGGCAAAAUGCUCUUCUCUACAACAUGCCAGUAAGAGCUUGACUACUGCAGAGCCUCUGGGAUGUGAAAUUCUCCCUCAUUAGUACAAAGAUUCCUUGUACCAGCAGCUCUGCCUAAAGGAUUUUCUCUCCAGCAAAAUUGACUUCACGGGGGGAAGAGUUAAAGUGUUUGGUUAGUGAUCUGUUCUCACUUGACUGGCUGGGAACCUUAACCUUUUUUUUUUUUUUUUUUUGCACAUGAGGGAAUUUGGCCUUUCCUCAGUUAUCUGAAUGUUUUACCCAAGUGCCUUCCUGCUAUUGUAGCAAAGUCUCUCUGCUUCGUUGUGCCUGGAUGGGGAGAACAAGGGCUAACGUGUUUUCCAUCGAUCUUCCAUCUCUGUCAGGGCAAAGGGCCUCCCGCUAGGUUCAGACUCCUGUACGUACGUGUGCGUGUGUAUGUGUGUGUGUAACGCACACGCAAGCUUUUUCUAAGACCUCCUAGCUGGAUAUUAGAGGAAGCACUUUCAUAAACAACUCUACCAAAUAACAAAGGAAAGAGAAACCAAAGCAUUAGUUUUGAGACCUAAACAGGCGAGAGAAUGUGUAUUAGGAACCGACAGCGAUCAAGAAAGUUUGGUCCGUAACAAAUGCCAGGAGGAAAUUUUGCCAAGAGGAAUUGCUCAUGAAAUAUUUUCAGUCUGGGAAGAGGCAAUAAGAUCCUCUGAGAGAAGGAGAAAAAUAAGGAUGUCUAAGUGGUAAAGAUGUGUGUGUGUUGCACGUGAUAGAAGGAUCUCAGGUCGAGGUUUGCACUUGCUACAUCCAAGGUAAAUAUGUAGCACCACCAACAGGAAUCUGCCCGUGUUGCUGAAUGUAGUAGAUUUCCCAAGUCUGCAAGUCUUCCCGUAUUGUACAAAAAUACUGCUGCUUGAUAAUAUAUAAGAGCGAUCCAAAUUAGCAGGUUAUUAAAUUUUAUUUUCUUAUCUGUAUGUUUAUGCUUUUUAUCUGUCCUGAAAAUAUCACACCCCACCCCCUGUUAGAAUUAGAAACUAUUUAUAAAUGGUUGAAAUCUUUUUCAAGUGUUUCUUUUUACAUAUGUUGUUGAUUUUUGCCCCCUAAGGGAAAUGAUGUAUUCUUGAAAUUGUGUGAUUCAUGCUAGCAAAAAACAAAACAAACGAAAACCAAACCAAAAGAAAAACCAAAAACCCACCUCCGAGUCUGUCAGCCACCUGAGUCUUAGAAGAAAGCGUCUCUGGAGACAGAGGGAUGGUUUUGUGGAAGAAGGAACGCUCUCAUGGUUGCUUAAGAGGACAUGGACUUCAGCUCUGAGCCUUCGUCUGGUCACGGAGGAGAAUUGUAAAGUGUUGAGAUCCCCCAAAGCAGUAGCCUAGGAGGUGAUUUUGAUUUAGAAACAAAACUGCCUGUGUUGUAAUGGGAUUCUGGAAGAGUUCAUGUUCACGUUCAUAGAACCCUCAGUGCAGGCUCAUGUUUACAGAGCUGACCAAAUCCUGGUAGAUAACCCCUCGUACACAUUAUUCAAAGGACCUGCAGAGUUUUCCAGCAGAGACGCACCCUAGAUGAAUCGGGUUGAUUUCUUCUAGAAGCUGGGAAACACUGAUGUGGCCUUUCUUGUUUACAUCCAGGAGCCAAGACGUCGGUCUCUGGAAGCCAGCCUUGGCCAGUGUGGGAGCGGUCACAUUUAGACAGAUUGGAAGCUGAUGUGUUCUAGUUGUCACUUGGAAAUAAAGGGAAGGCUGAAUGUGUUUAUUUUCAUGUCAAACACUUUCCAAGUGCUUUCUAUUGUUUGGAAUUGAAAGUCUGUCAGAGGUCCGCUUAACAGUUUUGUUCGCGUUUACAAGAGGCAUGGGGGUUGUGACGUUCUUGACAAGCUGGGGUAAACUUUCCCGCACUCAUUUUUUGGAGGGAUAACCCUUUAGCAGGUACCCAACACCUCCUAACCUCCCUCAGAGAUGGUCCCUAAGCAAGCCCCUCUGAAAAGGAGAUGGGGUGCUGGGAAAAAAACAUUGAACACUCGGCCUUGAUGCAUCUGUUAGCAGACCAAACACCUGCCUGGCUCAGGGUUUGGAUGCACUGGAUGCAUUGGAUGCAAAGCCGUGUCCAGCAGAGCAGGUCCUUUCAGCAUCGUGAUUGGCGUAAGCAGACAGAGGCUGUGGUUAGGACGAGCUUAGCAUCCCGAGCAUCUUGUCAAAGAACCUUACUCCCUUUGCCUCUACAGCCCUCACAGGGGAGAAAAUGUUGACAAUGCCCUAAUGAGUUCUCCAACGAGUAGAAUGUUCUCCAACAGGGUGGUGCUGGAAGGCUUAGGUUUUGAAAAUCUUGACUGUUAAAGAAGUUUGAAUACAUCACAUUCCUAUGCAAAACGUUUUUAAUCUCCAGUUUAAUGUAGUUUAUUUUUGCUAUAUGUAAAGUAUUUUUAUACGGCUUGUAUCAUGAUAGUUUAGCAAUAAAACAGUUGAAAGAAA